UAGGAAACUGGACGCAACCAAAUCCAAGGAGGGAGAGAUUAGUGAGAGCGAGCGAGCGUACCCAAGAGCAACGAGGGAGGGAGGGAGGAGUUGAGGAAAAGGAGAAAUCCUUUUUUUUUUUUCAGGCUGGUUCUGAAUUUGAAGAUUUUUCUCUCCUUUUAAACACUCUUUGAAACACUCUUUGUCAGAAGCUGCUCCGCAGGUUCCUCUCUUCACCAUGAUCCAUCCCCCCGCCUCCACGGUUGGACUCCUCCUGCUCCUGAUUGGCUACGCUGCAGCAGGACCCGAGCCUGACCUGAGGCCUCGAGCAGUGCGUUCAAGCGCCUGUCAGGAGCACACAAAUCUUCACAGCCGCCUGGAUGUAGUAGAGAAGAAUGUGGAGGACACGGUUGGGAAGUUGGAGGUUGAACUGGCUGCUCUUCUGGAUGCCAUUGAAGAACCGGAUUUGCGCCCCCUGCUGGACAUAAGAGGAAAGCCUGUAGACAUUCUGGAGGACCCAGGGCAGAGGGGCCACUCCUAAACCAGACAUCCAUGAAGGAAUGAAGGAGACAGCUUUUCUACUUGGACUUUGAAUGAUUAUAAUGUAUCUGUUUCCAUGAGUUAAAUGCAAAUCUAUGUAUGCAUAUGCUUUAAUACAAAAAAUUUUUCCAUAAAAGAAGAGG